AUAGUGCGUUUUGACGAUCGAAAGCAAAAAAAUAAUUUUUUCAAAUUUUUGACCCUUUACGGCCGGCUGUUGCCAAAUGGCAACAUAGAGUUAUUAAGUAAAAACUAAUAUUUUUGUUUCGAAGAUUAUAUUUUUGUUAUACUUACGAUACAUCAAUAAGAAAUAUGUGCAAAAAGAAUUUUUUGCUAUUCGCCUUCUAGGAGCCGCCCGUAAAGGGUUAAAGUGGUCUGCUCAUACUGAUCCAUUAGCCAGAACUGUUUUGGAAGAAAGUGCAGGAAAUGCUACAUAUUUGUCACAUCACAUACAAAAUGAAUUAAUAAAUAUUAUGGCAAAUCAAAUACGUGAUAGUAUUGCUGAAAGAUUACGUGAUAAUGUGUACGUGUUAUUAGCGGAUGAAGCAACAGAUGUUAGUCAUAACAAACAAUUAUCCAUCUGUCUUCGUCUAGUUGAUGAUCAAUAUCAAAUAAACGAGUUCUUCAUGAAAUUUGUUCGUCUUUAUCGAUUUGAUGCUGCUACAUUAGCAAAAGAAAUAAAUACAACAUCAGUAUUAAAAAGAUGGGCAAUUACUAAGUGGGAUUCCAGAUUUAAAUCCAUAGAUUCAAUUAAAUCUAAUUUUUCAGCAAUUACUCAAGCAUUACAAGAUCUGAUACAUGACGGAGGUGGUCGUGCGGUUGAUGCUCGAGAAUGUGCACAGUUUAAUCCACAACGGCGAAAAUCACCUGGACAUUUGAAACCAAUACCUGCACCGAGCGGCGUUUGGCACCUUCUGACCAUGGACUUCCACGGUCCAGUUUCACCACAAUUGAAAAGAGGAAAGAGACACAUCAUCUCCAUCACCCACGUUCUCUCAAAAUUUGUCGUUGCAAAAGCAGUAAGAGACUGCUCAGCUCAAACCGCAGUUUGUUUUCUCAAGGAAGAAGUCAUCACCCAAUAUGACACACCAAAAUGUAUACUGACGGACAACGGCUCACAUUUUACAGCAUUAUUAAUGGACGAACUAUUUAAACAAUUUUGA